AUGCCAAUACAACAUGAUCCUGCCGAUGUCGGUGCAGAUGCUCGAUUUUCGGAUACGAGCGUGCCACGUAGAGGCCUGUAUGACUAUAUCAUAGCUGGAGGAGGAACCGCAGGAUGCGUCCUUGCAAGUAGGCUAACCGAGGACCCUACAAUAUCUGUAUUACUUCUUGAGCGUGGCAGCGUUCACAACACGUUCACCAUGCGGUGUCCUCUUUUGUCUUCAUCAUAUGCCCAGGGGAAACAUCCCUCUGUGCGAUGGAAUAGCACACCUUUAACCGCUGCUAAUGGUCGUGUCCUUGAAAUUCUCACUGGCACUGUAUUAGGUGGAGCAUCAAGGUUUAAUUCGAUGCUUUACACUAGAGGUAGUCCUGCGCAGUAUGACGAAUGGAGGCGGCAGGGACGCGUUGGUUGGAGCUAUGCCGACCUCGAACCAUACUUUAUCAAGUCCGAGAAUGCGGUCAGCACUUCAGGGUAUUAUCAUGGCACCGAAGGACCAUGGAGCAAUCGACAUUUCGACAAGUUCCUUUUCAAGCCUAAUGUUGCUACCAGUGCUGUGAAAGCUGCCAAGGACCUCGGUAUAUCGUACACUGAUGAUGUCAACGCCCCAGAAGGACCUUGCGUGUCCUGCGCAAAAAUUCCCGUCACAUUGGCUUCAGAUGGGAAGCGUCUGUCUACCUUCGAUGCUUUUCUUCCUCCCUUGAUCACCACGCAGAGGCGAAGGGUCGCGAUUUGCACCGACACGCUUGUCACAAAGAUCGAUUUCGAUGUUGGCGGCGUGCAACCGGUUGCAUCGGGAGUGUUCUUCAAACCAUACGAGUCCACUCCAAAACAGCGACCGUUCUACGCGAGGGAUCAAAGUCAUCAAGGAUUUGCCAGGCGUUGGCCGCAAUUUGAUCAUGUUGGCACCACGAUCACGUACAGGGUCUCUGACACAUUACACGCGCUUGAGAGCAGUUUAACGCGAGCAUUGACUGAAUUUUUGAAUUACCUGAUACGCGGUCGGGGACUAUUCACGAAUCCAUCCGUGCAGGUGUCGAUAUUUGCCAAAUCGGAUAAUUUGGGAGAUGAUGCAGAGCCUGGCGUCGAGGAAACCAAUCGUGAAACAUUUCCCGAUAUUGAAAUCAUGCCCAUUCCCCAUGAAUGCACCUAUGUCACAUCCCAGAAGUCUCAGGGCUUCUUCUCUUUCAUUUGCGUUCCUCUGCAACCCAAAUCAUCGGGCACGGUGGAGCUUUUCUCUCAUGACCCCUAUGCAAACCCAAAAGUAGACCUCGGGUUCUUCACGCGCGAGGGAGAUAUCGAGGUUGUCAGGAAGCUUGACGAGCAAUUGGACGCCUUCAUCGGACAGAACGUCCGCACAACAUACCACUAUGCAUCCAGUUGUCGCAUGGCUCAGGAACAUGACACGGUCCCAGGUGUUGUUGACGAUGAGCUCCGCGUGCAUGGGGUUUCUCGCCUGAGGAUCGCAGAUGCAAGCAUUUUCCCAGAUAUAGUUGCGACUCAUCUCCAGGCUCCGGUUGUGAUGGUAGCUGAAAAAUGUGCCGACAUGCUGAAGAAAACAUGGAGCGCAACGAAUUGA